GCUUGCUGUCUUUGAAAAGAUGCAGGGGAUGGUGUCAAGACAGGAUGUUUGUCAUGAAACCACAUCUCGAUGGCAACCGCACUAGCGCGGAGUGUCGCCUGCACCUCACCCCAUAUUUAAAUAUCUCAUUCCAAUCCACAACUUUCCACCUGCCAGCAACAACAGCCCCUGUUCUCUCACUUAUUUAACUUGACAUCCAAAGUUACAGGAUAUCUCCAGUUCUUGUCCAGUGCUGAAUUUUGAGCGGCAUCUGAGCACCAUUCUACAUACCACGCAUUUCGUUUUGCUUGAGCGGGGGGUUACUUGUCGCAACCGCCGCCAAACACCCAGCGGAGGAACGUCAAAUCGGGUCUCAACCCAGAGAUCUAUAUUAGGUCCAGUCGAUUAGAAUUAUAGGUAUACCUUGCCGCCAUGAGCAAUACGGAUUUCCUUGGACGGGCUAUAGACACCGUGAAAAAGGCCAUCGAACAUGAUAAUGCCGGCGAAUAUGAGAAAGCCUACCAGACCUACUAUUCCGCCCUGGAGCUGUUCAUGCUCGCUUUGAAAUGGGAGAAGAACCCAAAAUCGAAGGAAAUGAUUCGAGAAAAGACUGGGGAAUAUAUGGAAAGGGCUGAAAAACUGAAGAACCACCUGGCAGGGAAUGAUAAUAGGAAAAAGCCCAGUGCUGUAGGAGCGAAUGGGAAGGUCGCACAUGGUAGUGGGAAAGGAGCGAAAGACGACGACGACGAAGACGCCGAAGCGAAAAAGUUACGAGCUGCCUUAGCUGGAUCCAUAUUAUCUGAUAAACCAAACGUCAAGUGGGAUGAUGUUGCUGGCCUUGAUCAGGCGAAAGAGGCUCUCAAAGAGGCGGUUAUUAUGCCCAUGAAAUUCCCCCAUCUUUUCACCGGCCAGAGACAACCGUGGAAGGCUAUAUUACUUUAUGGGCCACCAGGAACCGGCAAAUCGUACCUCGCCAAGGCAGUAGCUACGGAAGCCAAUAGCACUUUUUUUAGUGUGAGCAGUAGUGAUUUGGUCUCCAAGUGGAUGGGUGAGAGUGAAAGGCUCGUCAAGCAAUUGUUUAAUAUGGCCCGUGAGAGUAGACCAGCAAUUAUAUUUAUCGAUGAGGUGGACGCCCUUUGCGGCCCCCGUGGUGAAGGAGAGUCAGAAGCGUCCCGUCGCAUAAAGACAGAAUUGCUCGUACAAAUGCAAGGUGUCGGGAAGGAUUCUGAAGGAAUCCUAGUUCUAGGCGCCACAAAUAUCCCCUGGCAAUUAGAUAUUGCUAUCAGACGACGAUUCCAACGGAGAGUCCACAUCAGCCUCCCAGAUCUUCGGGCAAGGAUGAAGAUGUUCAUGUUAAAUGUUGGAAGCACCCCGUGUCAUCUGACGAAUGCAGAUUACCGACAGCUCGCUGAAAUGAGCGAAGGAUACUCCGGAAGCGAUAUCAGCGUCGUUGUCCAAGACGCGCUCAUGCAACCUAUCCGAAAGAUUCAAACUGCAACCCACUAUAAGAAGGUAAUUGUCGACGGGCAAGAGAAGCUCACACCAUGUUCACCUGGUGACAACGGAGCCACGGAAAUGACCUGGGCAGACAUAGAUUCAGAUAAACUUCUCGAGCCACCACUUCUGCUCAGAGAUUUCAUCAAGGCGUUGAAGUCUUCGCGCCCCACCGUGAGCGAAGACGAUUUGAAGAAAAAUAACGAAUGGACGCAGGAGUUUGGUAGUGAUGGAUCGUGAUAUAUUACAUGUUUCCGUUUUACAUUUCUAUUUAGAGUCAUACAUGUUGCUUCUCUGGAUGUUAUGAGGCGCCCUUGUCCAGUUCUGAUGAAUGAAUUAUGAAUGGUUGCGAGGCGCAUUUUCGUCUUUGUUAUCAAGUUCUGCUACCCUUAUUGUCGCUUGAUUAUUUUGCUAUCUCUUUCCUCAGAUGGAAUAUUUAUGAUGAGCGCCUCUGGCUAGCCAACCUCAACCCCCUUUCUCGUCCGGAUGACGAUACUCACAUUGGUUUUUGGCACUUUUGUUCAUCUCAUUCCGCUCAGGUACAUUCCUCACUUCCCCGGUAAUUAAAAAACGUUGGAUGAUCUGUCAUAUCUCCACUCCCCUCUAUCAUCCACACAUUUCUAUUAUCAUUUCAGCCGGGCGCGACUCAAAAGCGGAAAUAGUGAGCGGUAUAGAAUAAAUAAUUAUGGAUGCCUUGCGUCUUACAUGCAAAUAAGAAGAAACCCAGAACGCCAGAAACUAAUUAUUGAGAACGCCAAUGUACAUCAUAUAUAUAAGGCUUGCCUAUCAAGCAGAAACCAACUAAACGAGAGAGUUGAAGAUCAUCAUUAUGCAAGCGGGGUUAUAAAAAGGAAAAGAACACAGGGAAAAAGCUCCGUAGAGCAACGGUAGAGAACCCCAGAAACACCGGGCAAAAGAACCAUCAAGUGCUGUACAUGGUAAGCAAUGGAUGAACAUCAAGCGAGAAAUACUCUCCAAUUCAAUCCUCUAAAAGUCAAGAAAUUUGUAGAUCGCAUAGAAAUAAGGAAACAGACGUAGAAGAAACGAGAAUGGGAACCUUUAGACCAGAGUAUAUCAAAUACUCUCAGCCGGUACGGCUUUCCUUCUCAUACUCUCCCUUUUCUUCAAUACCUCCCCCUUUGCUCUGCGAAGGCCUUCACCAAGCUUCUUUGACUUGCUCCAUUCGGCACUCAUCAUCUGCAUCCGGCAGACAGCCAAGAUUGUGCAGGCUACAGCUUUGAGUUUUAGCCGAGGGUUAAAUUUCUUUCGAGGGCUUGGGGGCUUCACUCCCAUUUCAGCGAUCAUUUUGAGAUCGGUUUCGUUACUGUUUACAAGAAAAGUAUGCAUGUCAGUCAUGACCAUUGUUUGAAAGGAAGGAGGGGGACAAGAAGAAAACACUGCCAAGCUGGGAACAUUCUGACGUACCAGGCAAUCCGAACCCGUUCACCCAGCUCCAUAAGCCCCUUACUCCACGCAAGGUCCCUGCGGAACUUCUCCUCCCGGGCCAAUCGUGCCCUUAACCACAUAAUUUCCUUGCCUAAGCCAUUUAUUUCCCUGGCAUGCCUUCCUUUUCGUUCUGAAUGCUGCGUCAACUCAUCUAGUAGAGCGUCGUAUCGGUCUUGUAAUGACUCUAGCUCGCGAUGAGCCGCGUCUGCUUUCUUCAUGGAAAUGGCGCGCUCGUCACGCACUCUCCGUAGGUGUAUUCUCAAUUCAUUAACACGGGCGUCACGCUCGGAAAGUCGCACUGCUAGAGAUUCGGCUUCAAGAGUCGAGGAUUUAAGCAAUUCGUGCAGGUCUUUACGCUCCUCUUCG